AUGGAUAGUCAUUCGUUCAGUGGAUUUAAUGCUCCCAGCUCAAGCUUUCUGCAAGAGCUGACUGUUGAAGAUCCGUCAAAAGAUGUCUAUACUGGUACCCAAGUCCCUCAACAACGUCCAUAUCAAUCCUACCAGGAUCCCAAUUCUGGAUGUUAUUCAUCCGUUCCUGAUAUUCCCACUGGUCCUUACUUUAAUGGACAAUAUAAUGCGGACCCAUACUACCUAAAUCACCCUGUUUAUACACAGAGAGUCAAGUACCCGGAAACUACUUAUACUGCCACCCCUCCAAUGCCGUCACAUCCUAGUCCUCAUUCACAGGUUACUCCAAAAUCAGUCGUAGCCCCUUCCCCUUCGCCCUCCGCAUGGGUUGAAAGUCAGCAACCACCACAGUACCAAUCUGACUCAUACACAUCCCAGCCUACAUUCCAGUCUGGCAGCAGAGUGCCUGCCGGCACCUCCCCCUCUAGUCAUGUAUCAUCGGUGACUGGAUCGUCCAUACAACAGCCAUAUCAGAGUUCCGUGGGACAUUCGUUCAACGUGGUAUCAGGAUCAUACUGCCCUAGUGAAAUGGCGCCCGUUACAUACCCGAGUGUUCCUCCUCCCCAACAAUCCAUUCACCCUAUGUCGGUUAAUGGUGAAACUCUGAACCCAUAUGCGCAACAUCAACACCAACCUAGGAAUCCUGCUGUGGGCUCUCAUCAGCCUCCAACAAAAGCCAUAAAGAGGCAAUCCAGAGCACGGAGUGGGCCUGGUGUUAAGUCACAAUCUGCCGGUUCUUACAUCCAAUCCUCAAACGAACCUGCUGCACUCGAGCGUUUUGCUGCCGAGCAAUGUCCUCCCAACGUGACUGUGAUCACGCCGAACAACGAGCUUCCACACUCAACAAUCUUAAAUUCGCAGGUCGGCCCUACUGGUGGCCAACCCACAGUUCUUCCAGCAGCCGAAGGGCCACCCCGAAUUUGCAAUAGGUCAAAUUGCGAAUCACCUGCAGCUCUCAUUCCGAUUCAUGAAAGAGACGCGAGUCAACCACAACGGUCCUUGGUACCUUCGUUUUCUGAAACGGCCACUACACGCGGGGAAAGCUCGAGUGUCGUGAAAUCACCAGAAUCUGUUUCCACAUCUGUUCAGCCUUCUAAUUCUUCAACACAACCAGCCACGCAACUCUCUCCUUGCCUAAAUUCGACACAAUCCGCGGAUGCCUCUAUCGCCCUUCAACCUGGUGCAUGCUCUCCACGACCCGAACAGGUAUCAGAUGGCAGUCCUCAACCACCAAGUCUCAAGUCCCCCAUUCCGAUUCGAAGUCCUCCCCCAGGGACAGCGUCGCUGUCAUCCAGCAACGACAACCUCCCGCCAAUCCUCCCCAAUGAAACACUUGAGGAAGAAAGGGGAGAGGAACUUGACCGAACAGGGACACUCUGCGAUGCCGUCGCUCCAGUUUUAUCCAGCCCAUAUUCUGAAUCGGUGACAACUCCGCAAAAACGAUCACGAGGACGUAAACGGAAGUUGGAGGAGCGGCACCAGCAGCAGUCGAACAGUGAGGACGUGCAUUCGGUGCCUGCCAAAACUGAAAGAAAGCGACCCUCGAAGGCUGACGUGGCUGCGAAGCGAAAGGCUAGUCUUGCAAUGGCCAAUGCCGCCAAGCGUUCGCGCCGAAAAGCCACGGCGGCCAAAUUGACGUCAAAAAAUGACGUCGACUUGGACGGUGACGACGGCGACGACGACGACGAGGACGACAGUAAUUCCCGACUUACAGGAAUUAGGCCUUCCACAAUGUUAGAAGGGGAUGAUGACGAAGAUACAAUGGCGGCGUCGGCGACGGCCACUGAGGCAGACGAAGAAUCGACUACGGCGACAACACUGGACGAGGCUUCGGAGAUGUUACCAAAACGGCCAAGACCUCCUCCCCGACUGCGUGCUCCUCGGCCUAAGAAAAAGAGGGCGCUGAAGACUUUGAUGAAGAAGAAGCGUCGUGGCGCCUAUCACUACGGCGAUGAGUCGGAUGGCUCGGAGUCAGACGACGAGGGCGCUGGUGGGGGUCGUUCUUCACGUGUCGGUCUCCACCCUGUCGCCUCCACACAGAGCCUCCACUCUCAGCUCACCGACGAAAAUUCCCUCGACAGUUCCGCGCGGCGGUCGGGAAGACGCGCCGGCGAUCGGAAGAAGUACACGAUUGACAACGUCGACUUCGGACUUUCUGAUGAAGGUGAUGGUGAAGGCGCAGACUCAGCUGAUAUCUCCGACAGUGAGACCGUAGAUGGCUCUCGAAAGAGAUCGGAUGCCGACUUCGUUGACGUGAAGGUAGUGGAGAAAAUCCUUGGCCGACGAAUGUCCACGCGACCCACAAAGAAGCCAAAAUCUGCCAAGAGCAUCGUCACUUCCAAAAAGCCACAGCUAGUUUCACCGGAACUAGUAGAUCAGCAGACCUCUAGGGUCGAAAUGGCAGAUCCUCUUGGCGACAAUCCCAGUGAUUGCGAUGCUGUGAUAGUGCAAGGAGAGAAGGAGGGCCCACACAGCGAAUUACCUGUUGCCAAUCCAGUGGGUGUUAACGAAGAAAAGGAAGAGGAGGAACAGGAGGAGGAGGAGGAGGAAGAACAGGUUGAGGAGUUCUACCUCAAGUACAAGGGAUUUUCCUACAUGCAUUGUGAAUGGAAGGCCUUUGAUGAGAUCGCGGACCCACGGAUAGCCACUAAGAUGAAGAAGUUCUUCGCCAAGAACGGAACUGACCCUCUACCACCUCCAGCAGCCGAGGAUGAUGACGGUACGACUGUUCUCUUCAAUCCCGACUACGUUGAAGUAGACCGCGUCCUGGAUGUGCGCAUCUACGAUCGGUUGAGCGGUGACAUUGUCACCGAGGAGAUUCUCAACCCCGAAGGCACUCCCAGACGUUCACAGCAGCUGCAGAAGGGCAAACGAAGACGCGGUCGGCCACCACGCACCCGACCGCAGGAUGAAUCGGCGGAAGACGAGAUGACAGCCACUCCGGAGACUGCGGAUUCGGAGACGCAAGACGAGUCAUCGGCGAUGGACGACGGACAACCUGCGACGGUCACCUACUACCUUGUGAAGUGGCGAUCGCUUCCUUACGAGGAUUCCACUUGGGAACUUGCCGAGGACGUGGAUCCUGCCAAGGUGAAGGAAUUCAUGCGCAUCAGAAAUCCACCCAAGAACCCACCCAUCAUUCGUGACAGUAACCACAAGAUCAUUAGACCAGAUCCCUCCGUGUGGCGUCCCAUUGCAGAGGACGAGGUCUACCGAAACGACAAUCGUCUUCGUGAGUAUCAAGUGGAGGGUGUGAACUGGCUCUCCUUUUGCUGGUACAACAAGCGAAACUGCAUUCUUGCCGACGAAAUGGGCUUGGGCAAGACGGUCCAAUCUAUAGCCUUUCUCCUGGAGGUCAUCAAAGCGGGUGUCUCUGGUCCCUUCCUGAUUAUUGUGCCCCUCUCUACUGUGGGCAACUGGCAACGCGAGUUCGAGAAUUGGUCGGACCUUAAUGCCAUUGUCUACCACGGCAGCGCCGUCAGCCGGAGCAUGAUCCAGGAGUACGAGCUCUUCUACCAUCGCCGGAAAACCGGCGGGUCGUCGACUAGCGGCUUGGGCGUCUCCCAGCACAGACACGACGUCUAUAAGUUCAACGCCCUCAUCACCACUUUUGAGGUACUCAUGUCAGACAUUGAGUUCUUCGGUAGAAUGCACUGGGCCGUCGCUAUCAUCGACGAGGCGCAUCGGCUAAAAAAUAAGAAAUGCAAACUAGGCGAGGGUUUGCGCUAUCUCGACUUGGAUCACCGUGUCCUACUAACGGGAACGCCACUGCAGAACAACGUGGAGGAGUUAUUCGGCCUCCUCAACUUCCUUGAACCGGAGCGUUUCGCCUGCGCCAACACCUUCCUGGCUGAAUUCGGUGAGCUCAAAACCGAGCAACAAGUGGAAGACCUGAAAACCCUCCUCAAGCCCAUGAUGCUUCGCCGACUAAAGGAGGACGUGGAGAAGAGUCUUGCGCCCAAGGAGGAAACUAUCAUAGAGGUGGAACUGACGAACCUGCAGAAGAAGUACUACCGGGCGAUAAUGGAGAGGAAUUUCACCUUCUUGUGCAAGGGCACCACCGGAUCGAAUAUGCCGAACCUCAUGAACGUGAUGAUGGAGUUGCGCAAGUGUUGCAACCACCCCUUUCUCAUCAAGGGUGCUGAGGACGCCAUUCUGAACGAACAGCGCACCCUGGCCAAGGUCGACCCGUCAAAGCCAUACAACGAAGAACAGCAGAUGUUCAGUGCCCUGUUGAACGCCUCGGGCAAACUCGUGCUCAUCCACAAGCUGCUGCCGAAGUUGAAGGCCGGAGGACACAAGGUGUUGAUUUUCUCGCAGAUGAUUCGUGUCCUUGACAUCCUCGAAGAUUAUCUGGUCUACCAGGGAUUCAGCUUCGAACGAAUUGACGGUCGCAUCCACGGUUUGUUACGCCAAGAGGCGAUCGACCGCUUCUGUAACGACCCCGACAAGUUUGUCUUCCUGCUUUGCACCAAAGCCGGCGGCUUGGGCAUUAACCUGACGGCUGCCGACGUCGUCAUAAUCUACGACUCGGACUGGAACCCCCAGAACGACCUUCAGGCCCAGGCGCGUUGUCACCGGAUUGGGCAGCAGAAGAUGGUCAAGGUCUAUCGACUGAUCACUCGGAACACGUACGAGCGCGAAAUGUUCGAUCGGGCCUCGCUUAAACUUGGUUUGGACAAGGCUGUUCUUCAGUCGACCGGUGCCCACGCUAGACAGGCCCAAUUGAGCAAAAAGGAGGUCGAGGAACUGCUGAAGAAGGGGGCCUACGGAGCUCUGAUGGACGACGACAAGGCCGGUGACGAUUUCUGCGAGGAAGACAUCGACCAAAUCCUCCAGUCGCGCUCCCACGUCGUCCAGCUCGAACAAGGCGAGAAGAAUUCCACCUUCUCCAAGGCCACAUUUUCCAUAUCGGAUAAUCGAAACGAUAUCGCUCUGGACGACCCCGACUUCUGGCAGAAGUGGGCAAAGAAGGCCGGUGUGGAGGAAGCUGGCCUGGAGUUUGAGGACUUGAUUAUGACCACCCCGCGGCAGCGCCGGCAGACUCACCGAUACACCGCCGAGCUGAACGAACAGCAAUCGAAUAGCGGGCUUUCGCACUCCCAGAGCAACUCGCGUCUGCCGAACGGAGGCAAUACUUGCGGUGCGGCGGGCGGCGCAGGAAGCAACCCCGAGUCUAGCGACGGAGAGAACAGUUCAGGCGAGAGUUCAGGUCCUGACGACGACGGAGGUGACUCGCGUGCAAGCGGAACCACCACCAACACCGGCACUGCCAAGACGAAGAGCAAGAAGAGCAAAAAGUCCCGACGCAACGAGGAGGCCAUCGGCGGCGCGAUCGAUCGCGUUGACCUUUUCCGGGUGGAGAAGUGCCUCUUCACGUGGAGCUGGGGACGCUGGGCGCAUGCAAUCGACUGUAUUCCCUUCAAGCGGCCUAUUUGUGAAUUGGAGAUGCAGCGCAUCGCCAGCUCCAUUCUCGGCUACGCUCUCAAAGUGACGCCCUCGUUGACCGGUGGAGGCGACGCACGUAUUCGCGCGGUUGUCCUUGAAAUGGUUAAUUGUAACAAGUCGGACGGAACGGAGCUGUCACUUCGAACCAUGGCCGACGUGGUGCAAGCCCUGAAAGCCUCAGCGAGUGAGGUGACUGUAAGGGGAGGUGGGAGGAGGGGAAGGAGGGGUGUUACCCGAGGAGGGGCAGAUUCUCCCAUGGCUCCCAGCACUCCCACUACUCCGACAACCCUCGCUUUCGACACAGAUCCCACAGACCACGCUCUGAAGCCCGAUGAUAUUUCCCACGACGUCGCCAAGAAGGAGGAAGACGACCAAGGAGGCGACUUUGGCAUCACCAGCGACUCCUUUAAGCGGCACUUGACACGCGCUGGCGGACGUCUGUUGGCGCGCGUCUACACCCUCUACUUCCUCCACACCGAAAUCGUCGGUCUGGAGCACGCGGAUGCGCUCUGCGAUGGCUCCGUCGACCACACCGCCUUUACCCAACUGGCCGAAAGCCUCCCGCCCCUCAAAGCCCUCGACGCAGACGUGCCCGCUGAUUGGUGGGAUUCGUGUUGCGACAAAUGCCUUCUUCUCGGUGUCUUCAAGCACGGCUGGGAGAAGUACCUGGCGAUUCGCGACGACCCGGCCUUCUGUUUCUACCACCGCGUCUACGGGCCCAGCGCACCCGCCAUCCCCAUCCCCACAACCAAGGGCGGUCUCAAGGUAGCCAUGGAUGACGCCAAACCGGACAACGAUGACGCCGAGGAGGGUCCUUCAAUCAAACCCGAGGAGCCUGGCGAAGACGCCGAGAUGGAAGACGAGGAGGAGGAGCGAAGCCUGAUAAUCGCGGCCGGUGUUGGCGACGAGACGGGCUACGCCCACACGGCAGAAUCAGCUCCAAAACUGGAGGCCAAUGCGCCGUCGGCUGGCGCUGGUCGUGUGAAAACUGAGCCGUUGGAUGUCAAACCGCGAAUUGACGAGACGAAUGCCCUACAUGAGGCGGAUGCCGACGAAAUGGCUCCCACGCCUGUCGUGGAUGUACCGCCGUCCAUGCCGCAACUGGACGUCGCUGCCGCGGAGCUGCCCCCACCUCUCCUUCUCUUCCCCGCCGUCGUCGACCUCAACAGUCGCAUGCGCAAACUCAUCGCUUACUUCCAGAGGGUGCGAGCCCAAGUCGAGCUUGAAGCUGUUCACAACCUCCGCACCGAGACCAUUCCCAACGUUACAGCUCAGCCCUACAUGGAACAGCGACUCAUAAAAUGGUCGCGUCGUGAGGAGGCUGAUUUCUACCGCGUGGUGUCGAGUUUCGGUGUGGAGCAGGUGAUGCGCACGCCCCACUCGUCUCCGUCGUCGGCCAAGCGACCGGCCAAGAUCUUCGCAGGCUACAACUGGGCCACCUUCAAGUUGCUCGCCAACCUCUCCAAGAAGCCCGACCAAGCCAUCACCGAGUACUACAAUGCAUUCCUAACCAUGUGCCACCGCGUCUGUCGCGAAUCCCUGCCUGAAGAACUGCUGAGGGUAUUGGGCGCGUCAUGCCUGUGCGCCCAGUGGCGACAAACGCCCCUUUCUGACAUGGCCACCGUCAUGAAGUCGAGCCUCAUUGACUGGCUUUCCAGACAUGGCUGUGGUGCCUGGCGCGUGGGUUCGCACCCACCCACCUCACCCCCCUGUUUUUUUGUUUUCGUCCCCCCCCCCUCCCGUGCAGGUCUCCCCCCACCCGUGUGCUCCCUGCCCACCACCACCACGUACGGCUCGUGUCCCGCCGACGAGGAGAUCCCGAUCGCGCCCAUCUCCGAGGAGCGCGCCACCCGCACCCUCUCGCGCAUCAAGCUGCUCAACCGCAUCCGCAGCUACAUCCUCUCGCACGACCGCCUCGAGGAGCGCCUGGCUCUGUGCCAGCGCUCCUCCGACCUCCCCGAGUGGUGGAUCCCCGGUCGGCACGACGGCGAGCUGUUGCGAGCUGCUGCCAAGCACGGUCUAGCGCGCACCGACCUGAACAUCCUGCCCGACAAGGAAUUCAGUUUCUCCCGCGUCGCCGCGCUGAUUCAACGCCAAUUGUUGAAGAAUCCUUCGGCUCUCAACGGCGUCGUCCCCCCCACCAUCAGUGCCGUGGAGGCUUCCUCAAGCGCCACGGCCACUCCGCUGAGCCUGAGUGAGGUUGAGGCUCGGGCCAGCAUGGCGACCGCUGCGUCACUCGCGGCGAGGGCCGUCGCGGCAGAACUCGAGGCCAAGAUAGCCUCGCAGUCGUCGAAGGCGCACGACCCGGCUGACGGCAAUCGUGGCGACGCGGAGGACGCACAGACCAAGCCAGAGGUCGUUUCGUCCGAGAAUGGAGGCUCCGACCUCAACGAAGGCCAAUCCCUGCCUGUGGCUCACCUUAACAGUGAACACUUCACGUGGUCUCUCAAGUUUGCAACCAACCUCGCUAUUGCUUGGCCCAAGGAUCGCACCAUUCAUAAUCGUCUGGAUAUGGUCUGCCAGUGCAUUGAGACAGGCCACUGGCCACUUCCUCGGCGGUACAUUCUAAACAACGUGGAGGAUCAAAUGGGUCGAUACGUGGUCUCUGAAUCCACCGGUGGAGGUAGUCGCGAUGCCUCUCCUGCAGCGCCAAGUUCGCCCGACCUCUCCACCCAGAAGAAACCCAUCACUUCCACAGACGCCGCGACUCUAGCAGCUCUGUCAGCCGCCGGUUACACCAACAUCGACCAGGUGCUCGCUCUUCAGGCUGCGGCUGCGGCCGUGACCGCUGCCGCCUCCGCCCACCAGCCCGAGGUGGGUGCUUCGUUGACUCCUGGCACCACUCGCGGUGGCAGAGGCGGUGGUCGCGGCUCUCGAGGCGGUCGUGGACGGGGUCGGGGCUCCCGUGGUGGCGGCGGCGGCUACUCGCGCGAGGAUUUCGCCUCCGCUGCCUCACUCGCCUCUGUGGCUAAGAACGCCGCCAGUCCCUUGCCCACUCGUGGUAGGGGGUCUCGCGGUGGACAAAUGCUGCCCCCCCGCGGCUCCCCGGGUUCAACGCGCGGCAGAAAACGCAAAUUCGAGACUAAUGAAAACAGGACUUCUCUGCCACCACCAGAUUCGUCAGCCUGGGAAGUAAAUGUGCCGCUCAUCUCUCUGGUCAACGGAUCUCUAAUUCACGGGGAAAAGGCGCCCAAACGACGCCACCUCGAGGCCUGGCUCGAAGCCCACCCUGACUACAUGCCGUAUUCGGUGGAGCCUGAAGAUCAAGUGAUUUUCAACAGGGUGGCGAAGGCGCGGGGGCAGGACACCUCAGCGAUGGAGGCUCUCGCAUACCGUCACUACAUGACAAGCCUUCUGAGUAAGGCAGCCAACUACGCCACGAGCCAGCGCACAUCGUCAGCCAGCGAUCUGAUGGAACAGCAACAGAAGCAGCUAUUGGCCUUUGCUGCUGCCACGGCCUACUCGAGCAAUCCCGCCUACGCUAGCAUGUUGGCCUCCGCACUGGGGUACUCGCAAGCGGCAGCCUCGCAACAAAAGUCUGUUGAGUCAGAGAGCUCUCAGAACGAAGCGUCCACCUCACAAAUGAGCAGUUCCGCGAAAAGUUCAUCCGACGCACUAUCAUCAGUCAGUCGAUCAGCAGAAGAGCAGGGUAAACGGAGCGGUGCUGCUGAGUCGCCCUCACUCCCCCCCUCGACGUCUACCUCCGCAAGUGGCAGUCAGCUGACACCGGAGAGCUUGCACUCAAUGCUGGCCGCGUAUCAGCAGGCUGCGUCGUUUGUGGCCGCCGCCUACAUGUACAACCCCUCGCUUUACAGCCAGCACUUUGGUGGCCCGUCUGCCUCCACGGCUUCGGACGCCCUCCAACGACAGCAGCUGGCUGGCAACAUGUCCAAUCUGCUCUCCUCGGUGUUCGCCGCUGCUUCGGCAGUUGCCGCCAACAACCCAUCCACUUCUGCCUCGGCGGCGCCCCUACAGCAGCAAAUGCAGCCGAAGCCACAACCGACCGAAGCGGCACUGGACCUCCCCGCGUCGAGCCCUCCUCCUUCGAAGCGCGAGGAAAGGGAGACUAGCGGCGAAGCGGAAAACCAGUCGACUGUAGAAGACGCAAGUGGUGGCGGCGGUGGCGCCGGCGGUGGUGACAGUGACGUGUUGGAUCUGAGCAAACCGGAAUGA